AGUGCUGACCGAGAAGCAUGCAGCAGUUUUUUUCGUAAUGUUUUUGAUGCGGAGGCUGGCGCUGAAUACGGUCUGUAUUUGGAGGGCAUACGCUUUUAUUGACUUGGAUUAGGAGGGAUUGUAAACUCUUUCAUCUCUGGGAUUGUCAGUUACUUUUUGCUGUUGCCGACUGCUGUGCAACGCACUCAGCAGAUUCAAGCAGAGAGUGGAAUGGUGGACCGCAUGAUGGCAAUGAACCAUGGACGUUUCCCAGAUGCUGUGAAUGGGCAUCAGCACUCCGCUCGCAGGAUGGGAAUGGGACAGUUUCCCAACGCGCUUCCCCAGCAGCAGCAGCAGCAUUAUAACGUUAUCAUGGGAGAUCACAUGCAUUACGCGGGAGGGAAUGUAAACGCAAACCACGGGAUCCGACAUUCCAUGGCCUCUGGGAAUAAUAUAAACGGAGGAAUCCCCAAUGGCAACUUGCCUGCCCGCUUUAACUCCCAGUUUGUCGGACAAGGGCAGCAGCUGGCUGCCAGUAUGCAGUUGCAGAAGCUCAACACGCCUUACUACGGUCACCACACGCAUCCUUCCCAUCAUCACUAUUACAUGCACGAACUGCACCCCGCCAGCCACCAGUUAAACGGGACAGGACAGCAGUUCCGAGACAGUAACGCCAAGCAGAACACGUCUGGGGUUCCUCUGCCUGGCCACCACAUGCCUGCAGCAAUGCUGCCCCCCAACGUUAUCGACACGGAUUUUAUUGACGAGGAGGUCUUGAUGUCACUGGUGAUAGAAAUGGGUUUGGACCGAAUAAAGGAGUUGCCAGAGCUCUGGCUGGGGCAGAAUGAGUUUGAUUUCAUGACAGACUUCGUUUGUAAGCAACAGCCCAGCCGAGUGAGCUGUUAAUCUCACCUUUUCUGUUUUUGUUCCUUUUUUUUGCUUUGUCCUUUUUUUUGAGAGACUGAUAUUACUGGUGUGUUUUCCUAGAUCCAUAAACCACAGGGUUCCCACAGUCCUGGAUACAUCAAGGAGUUUCAAAAGUUUGAUUUCCAGGCCUGAAAAAGUCAUGGGGAUUCAUUAAAUUUGUAAAAGUUCAUGGAAAUUUGUUUAGUCAGUAUCAAUAUUUUAUUUGUUUGAUUCCAUUGACGUAAAAAAAAAAUUAAUGCAAUCUUUAUAAUUUUUUAAACCCUUCAGAUCAAUGAUGACUGGAAAAAGGGGAAAUCAUUCAAAUUCAUUAGUUAGAAAGUGUGGGAACCCUGAAACCCGAAUGAUGAACCCACUAAACAGCCAUGGAAGUACUGUUCAUGGGUAAACUAUCAUCAGCUGGUUAAUGCCAUUAUGUAACAGAAAUGGAUUUGUUUUGCAUGAGGAUGGUUUGGACACCUAGCAGUCAUGCUAUGCAUCACAUACAUAGGGGCUGGAGAGUGAGAAAUGCAAAGAAAUCCCCGAAAACUCUGUUCAUAUCUGUUCAGUAUUAAUGUAGCAGACAAAAUACAAAAAAAAAAAAAAAAAAAAUCAUGUUUUGUUCCUUCAGACACUUUUAA